AUUGUCCAUCAGGAGAUAACCAACGAACGGUGGGUAUAAGCAGAAGCCGAAGCCUCGAUCGCCAACGUCAAUCCCAAGCCCAUGAAGCCAUAACUACUUGUCUUUCCCGCAAUCAAAAUUCGGUGGAACCAGUCAAUAGUCAAUAUUCUAAUAUAUUAUUUGCUCCUCUGAGGAGAAGCCGAGGAGGAGCUUGAUCGGAAUAAGCGAAGCGGCGCCGGGCAUGGAUUGCAUUUACAAAGACCCCAACGCACCCGUAGAGGAUCGGGUCAAAGACCUGCUCUCUCGCAUGACAUUGGAAGAGAAGGUCGGCCAGAUGACUCAGAUUGAGCGCCGCAUCGCCCAGCCCAACCCCGACCUCAUCAAACACCUCUGUAUCGGGAGUAUUUUCAGUGCUUGUGGCAGUGGGCCCAAAGUGAAUGCAUCGGCUGAGGAUUGGGCCGAUAUGGUCGACGGCUUUCAGAGCAAAGCGCGUGAGUCGCGGCUCGGGAUACCGAUUAUAUAUGGGAUUGAUGCGAUUCAUGGUCACAAUAGUAUCUGUAACAAUGGUGUCUAUGACAAGAGUAUCCGUGGCGCCACCAUUUUUCCUCACAAUGUUGGCCUUGGAGCUACCAGGGAUGCAGAUUUGGUUCAAAAGAUUGGGGAAGCAACGGCACUUGAAGUUAGGGCAACCGGCAUGCACUAUACUUUUGCUCCCUGUGUGGCUGUAUGCAGAGAUCCCAGAUGGGGAAGAUGCUAUGAAAGUUACAGUGAAGACACUGAAAUUGUUAGAAAGAUGACAUCCAUUGUUACGGGCUUGCAGGGAAAGCCGCCUGAUGAACACCCAAAAGGCUACCCUUUUGUGGCUGGGAGAAACAACGUUAUUGCUUGCGCAAAGCAUUUUGUAGGAGAUGGGGGUACUGAAAAGGGAAUAAAUGAGGGGAAUACCAUAUCAUCUUAUGAGGACCUAGAGAGGAUCCAUAUGGCACCGUAUCUGGACUGUAUUUCUCAGGGAGUUUCCACUAUUAUGGCAUCCUAUUCUAGCUGGAAUGGGCGUAAACUGCAUUCUGACCAUUUCCUCCUGACAGAAAUUUUAAAAGAGAAGCUAGGUUUUAAGGGUUUUGUAGUUUCUGACUGGGCAGGACUUGACCGACUGAAUGUACCUCGUGGCGAAAACUAUCGUAACUGCAUUUCCUCUGCUGUUAUGGCUGGAAUAGACAUGGUGAUGGUGCCUUAUCGAUACGAAUUAUUUGUGAAGGAUUUGAUAUCUCUGGUUAAAGAAGAGAAGAUACCAAUGGAGAGGAUUGAUGAUGCCGUUGAACGAAUACUUAGAGUGAAGUUUGUUGCUGGUCUGUUUGAAUUAAAUUCCUCAGAUAGGCCUUCCCUCGACACAAUUGGUUGCAAGUUGCAUAGAGAUCUAGCACGUGAAGCAGUCCGCAAGUCAUUGGUUCUUUUGAAGAAUGGCAAGGAUCCUAAGAAAAAAUUUCUUCCACUAGACAGAAAUGCGAAAAGAAUUCUUGUUGCUGGAACACAUGCUGAUAAUCUUGGAUAUCAGUGUGGAGGGUGGUCAUACAAAUGGUUAGGAAGAAGUGGCAGAAUUACAAUCGGCACAACCAUUCUGGAUGCUAUUAAAGAAGCAGUGAGUGACGAAACAGAAAUAAUUUAUGAGGAAGAGCCAACGGCAGACACCUUAGCACGUCAAGAUUUCUCUUUUGCAAUUUUAGUUAUUGGUGAAAAACCCUAUUCAGAGACCUUUGGUGAUAAUCUGGAGGGGCUAGUAAUCCCCGUAAAGGAGGGAGCUGACCUAAUAAGUUCUGUCACUAAUAAUAUCCCCACAUUGGUGAUUCUGAUAUCUGGAAGACCCUUAGUUUUAGAGCCAUGGCUUUUGGAAAAGAUAGAUGCAUUGAUUGCUGCUUGGUUGCCUGGAAGUGAAGGAGGGGGAAUUGCUGAUGUUGUCUUUGGGGAUCAUGACUUCAAGGGCCGACUACCAGUGACAUGGUUUAAACGGGUCGAACAACUGCCUUUACAUAUUGGAGUCAAUUCGUAUGAUCCUUUAUUCCCCCUAGGCUUUGGGUUGACAUACAAAGAGAAAGAGGAGAAAUCUCUAAACUUGUGCAGAAACAACUUGUAAGGGUAUAAAGUCUUUAAGAGAUGGAGUUUCUCAAAAACCACUUAUGCAGAAACAGCUCGUCCAUUAAUAGAUUUUUCAUUGGUAUCAAAGUUGUCUGUACUUCAUACAUGAAUUAACCCAUGUUCUACCACAUCCCCAUUCCCACUGGCUUGUAGUUAUUACCCUCUAAACAGUGCAUGAAGCUAAUCUAUGCUUUUGGCUGAAGAUGAAUUAUGGUUUGUUGAAUAAGGGUAAGUCACUUGGACGUGUUCAACUGUUUA